AACCACAGCACCGCUGAAGCUCCACUCCACUAACAGAUGUGCUCCAGUUGUCCUUGGAGAGUUCCCUUCGCAAACAAAAGCCCUCUUCCCCUUCUGUCUCCCUCCUAUUCCACCCCCCUUCUGCCUCUCCUCUCUCCACGAUCCAUCUCUGCUGCCCCCCUCCCCUCCUUCCCCUCUCCAUGAUUUCACACCACCGAGCAUGCCGCGUGUAGCUCCCACUCGCUGGCAACAGAAACACUAGAUUUCUACAGUUUAGAGCCGUGCAGGUUCAUGCAAAUAACACAGCGGCGUUGCCAAAAGGAGGCUGCAGUCUGCCAAACGCACGUUGCAGAGGGGCUGUGAUCAAAAAAACGAGAAGAUCACCAGCAGCUCUUGCACACACCGGACUCAAGGUAAAGGAUCCAUAUUCAUUUAUUGAAUGAAGAGGUGUUACGUAAUACUGCUGCGGACACAUAACUCUGCGUUAGGAGGGUCUCUGCCAUUAUUUACGGUUCACAGGACUGAUUGUUAUCCGCUGCUUGAAUGGAGGCUUUCUGUUUAAUCUGACGUCUGUGUGACAGCUCAGGAGCUUCACACACGAGUGUUUGAUUCUGCACGUUUUAUUUGUUUGUGUACACUUCAUGUCAGCAUGUCCACAUUUUUGGCUAAGCGGUGUCGUUUUCACGCAUGUCUUAAAAAAUCAGUUCACACAUACACACCCCCUCCUACCCACCCACUUGUCAUGCUGAAAGCUGUGAGGGCUUCUCAGUGCAGUAAAUGUCACUCAUCAAAGAUGGAGUGGAGUUUUAAAGCCCACACGAGUGGCACCUCAGGGUAAAGAGUAUCCAACCGCUGCCCUUAUCAAACCCACAUCCCACCACCUGAUCCCUACUUCUCCCAUCAUUGCAUGUCGAUAACCAUCAUACUUAUUACACUUCUGAUGACGUUAUCUGGGAUAGCCUGUUUUGGAAGAGGUUCAAACCACAUGAGAGGAGGUGAUCCCUUAAGACCUGGAGGAGUUCAGCCUGAUAGUCGGGAACACACCCUGUCCUCACAACACAAACACGCAGAACGAACGCGGUGAUGCCCUGUUUGGUUAUCUUGGCAAGAGAAGUGUACGGUUGGUUUAAGAAAGAACACGACAGCUGCGCCUAUAAUAAUAAAUAUUAUACAGUGUACAUUUGAGUUACAUCACACCCAAGUCAAAGGUGAGACUUAUGUCACAAACCUGUCUUUGUUUGACCCCUCAAUUACCUUUCUGCCGUUGUUCAAGCACUGCAAUUACCUCAGGUACAAAUGAUGUUGUGUCAGUAUUGACUCGUGGUUCCCUUAGGACUAAAAACAGAGUCCACUUGUCAAGAGUCAGAUUCUUCAGACCAACUAACUGCCCUCCUAGACCCACAUCUUGCAAAACAGGUAUGCUAGUCACGGAAGGGUGUUACGUUCUGAACUUCACAUAUGUUGCAUUUGUUUCUGGACAAGUCAGCAUUGACGUUUGAUUUUACCCAAUGGCUUGACUCAUGGUGUCCUGGUGACACGGUCCCCGACCUCUACCCCGUUACAAGAACAAGUUAUGGCAUAGACGUGAUGCAACACUGGGAACCCGGUGUUACAUACGAUGCUUUUAAGACUCCUGCAUGGCAGUUCUGUCUCCAGUUGACCUCUCUGUCUUUAUAUCAGGACUUUUCCAUGAUCAGUCACUUGCAAAACAGUCUAGGAGUCAAUCUGAAUAUAAUGGUGAUAAAAUUGAUUUAUGAUUCUGCCGUAAAAGUAAUGAUAUUUAUACAGCAGCUUUAAAAACACAGGUUCACAAAGUGUUUCGACAUGUAAUUGUAGAUAAACAAUAGACAUAUUUACAGAGAAGCUGAAAAAUAACUUUAACACCCAACAGCUCUACAGUCCAAAGGAACAUUCAACAUUAUCGACCCAAAAAUAUAAAACCUAAAAACCCAAGCAGAGACUAAGAGAACCACUACAGAAGAAUAGGGAAUGGAGGAUAUAGAAACAAUAGAUGAAAUUAAUUUAAAGAUAAAAAGAACUGAAAUAAGGUGGAAGGAGUUAAAAGCAACGUGGUAUUUUCCCCAACAUUCACUCCUUCAUGGUUAAAUAGAAAACUCUCGCACAGUUGACCUUUGCUCUUAUCUUAACUGGGGAGCACAGUAAAAGAGUGAGAGCUGCAUGAACCUGCUGGAAAGUGAAACAGCUUUUAAUGGUCUAUUGGAUUUAUUUUCAUGGAUGCACAUGUCAGGAGUUGUGCAGAUUUCAGAUGCGAGAAAUGAAAUGUUAUGAUAGAAGAUGUUUUGCAUGCAUGCUGCAUUGGAAUGAGUGAUUUGCAGACAUAAUCUAUCUGUGCUGCCUCAUACAUUGAUAAUCAAUAGUUCCCAUGCAUACAUUUUAAUAGCUAAAGGCUCGUCAUCUCACUGGCUUUAUUUGCAUGUCCAUCAAAGUUACUAUUUUCUGGCGUCCCUUUUUUCCAUCAACUAAAAUGAGUGGAUUUAAUUGAAUCCACCGCACAGAAACAAACCUCCAGAUCAGAGAGUCUAAUUUUAGCUCUGUUUUCAUUGUGUUAUUUUCUUUGGUUGAUGGGUAAUUUAGUGACAGCACUUGACAUCCAGGUCUGCGGGUAAUAACAUGAACAAGGUGUGUAGCCGGCACCAGAGCAAACACAUUAUGUGGUAAAGUGCUGAGGAGAUAAUUGAUUCUGGGUCUGCUGUCACAGUGUGCAGAAGAUGUGUCACAACAUGUGUUGAAACGCACAAAUGAGCAAGUGCACUGCUGCAGCUCGGCAACACAAGUCAGUGUAUGCGAAUGACAACACCGUUUCAAAUCCUCCUCUGGAGAAAUGCUUUCAGUAGACUGAGCCGCGGGCCCGGGAGCCGAUCCGCCUUCUGCAAUGCAAAAUAAAUCCCUGGAACAAAAUGAUUACAUAAAUGGCUGAAGGCGGGAUGAGCGAUAGCAGACAGGCGUUUAGGCUGUAGCUCUGAACAGUUGGAGCUGAAAGCAACAAAGACCAGGUUGGGAUUAGAAACACCGUAGAGAACUGGACCAGACAGUUUGUUGCAGGUGCUGUCGAGGGUUACUGGUGGGCUAAUCCAUUGUCACGGUCCAGAUUGUUUACAAACACAUGGCGGCCAUUUUGCCACCUGCAUAACAUGCUCCUGUGCUUUCAUUAUAACUCCAACAUCUUUAUUUAAGUGAUUAUUUUCAGUGGUUAGUCGGACUUUCCUUGUUCAAAAACAACUCUAAAAAUUACGAAGUACCCGCCGAGUCUGUUCAGAUUCAAUCAUAGCAGGAUAUGACCCACAGAGGAUGACAAGUUCUCAUUUUAUCAGCGGGCAAACUGUUUCUCCAGAAGCUACUGCAAGUCAGUGUCGUGCCCUUAUCAUCCUGAACACCCCUGACACACUUGUGUGCUUUUAAUAGCUCUGUCCAGUCAGUGACAACAAGAUUUUCUUCAGAGUAAUCCGACGUAGCUCUGAGUCAAACACGCUGCCACAGAAUCUGGUACCCAAUGUCUGGAGUUUAGGUGUCGCAAGACUUUGACUAAAACGGUUACGUUGUGUGACAUCCAGACAAUCAUGGUGGUGGAAACAGACCCAGAAAGGCAGACACACACACAGUGGAGCCAAAGCGCUCAUCUGUAAAAUAAAAGGUUCAUGCAAAUGAAGGGAUAAAUGCUAAUAUCAGCCGUGAUAAUCGAGCAGACUCUUUAUGAGCUUUUGAUACCUAAGCUGCUCCUUUGAAGCUUUAGAGAAGAUUACAUUACACACAUUUUUAUGUCCUUUUAAUUCAUUGAAGCUUGGAUGAUCACUGCAGUUAUCACAUGAAGAUCUAGUGCAUCCCUUUUUUUAAGGUGAAGGAGUUCAUCGACUCGAACAAGUUGGUCAAUUUUGCCACUUUCCCCUGAUUUCUCGAGAAAAAUCGGUUAAUUUAGGUUUAGGUUAUUCUCGUCUGCAAGAUUAGCUCACAUUCUCUCCCUUACAGUACGCAGUCGGUUCAUAUGUUUGACAAUACGUCAAGGUGGCAUGAAUGCAAGAGGACAUGGGGUGCACUUCUGUGGAAAGAGGAUUAGAUUAUUGGACACAGAAUAUUUAUAGAACAAAUGUGCAAUCUUUUAGGGGUUGCAGAACAGUCUGCACAGAUAUAUAAUGUACCGUGUCCCUGUAAAGCCUGCUCCGCACAGUGCAUUUCUAUCCCUUUGUGGAUUAAAGUCUAAGCUGCUCAUGCGGGUGAACUGAAAACAGAUUAAGCUGAUAGAAAAUGAAUAGAUAGAGGUGAGCCCGUGUGGCGGGGGCGUGAUAUUAAUCCAACAGUACAUGAGUUUACCUCUCCGGAUAGAAAGCGAGAUAAAAAUAGUAUUUGGGCGCUAGUGCUGAAAAGCCCCCAGGUGGUUUUAUCCCAGGUUAACCUAUCAGAGUGUUGAGAGUGAGCAAUGUGCUCAGGUGUUAUCAGAAAGUUCUCAGGGGGACGGAGGGACCAGUUACAGAAGAUGAUGCAUGGUACAGAGUAUGACUCACCAGACGAAACUUUUUAACUCAAGAACUAUUUUCUCAUUAGUUUGAAUAAAUUAUUCUGAAACCGCAAAAAUAGAAAGUACAAGUCUGCAUGCAAAAUCGGUUAAAAAUACAUCAUAUAUAUAAACUCUGAAUCUGUGCCUGCAGAGAUGCUCUGAAUCUCCCGUGUGCAUAAUAAAUCUCACACCUGCUUUGGCCACAUCAACAAGAUUCUCCUGCGAAGUCAGGCCAGCAGUACAUGUGAUGAUUACUCACCGCUGCAGCCUAAUAUAGAGACAGAUUACUCAUUCAUCAGCCACUAUCACCUCUGAUAUUGAAGUCAUUAUUACCAAAUGUCAGAGAUCAAUUAUUCAGUUUAGAGCACUUUUAUUAGAGCGGACCCUAAAAAUAGAAGCUUUAAAAUGGAGGACAAGAUGAAUCUGAACUCUUUACUAAAAGAAAAGGUGAGUUAUACAGCCGCUACAAAGACUGAAAGGAGACAUUAAAAGACAGUUUUAAAAUAGUGGAGGCUGUAAUGUUAAUACAAGGAGGGUCACAAUAAUUCCAAUAAAACUAAGUUGCUUAAAAAAGAUGAUACAUCAAAUCUUUAGCCCUGGGACCUCAGUCUGAGCAGCCAGGUUGGAAAGAGGCUAAGACAUCACUCUUGGGGGACACUUGUCACCAGGGGGCGUAGCAACAAAUUCUAGCCCCAGGUCAUUCAAUCUGGGCGCACUGACGUUACACUUGGUAACCGUCGCUGUCAGGCGGACUAAACCAUUUCGCACCUCCAAGAGGGGGCGGCCCCCAGAAUGACUAAUAUGUUGGGAGGACUGUGACAUAAAGUUCAUUCUCUCAGUUGAUGUUAUCAAUAUAUUUGAAACAGGGCUGCGUGAUAAAUCGAUUUUAAAUUGGAUUGUUUGAUCAUGAGGUUAUUAAAAAAAAUAAUAAUUUAAAUCGUCUAUUCCAUUUUCCUAAAUCAUGUCUCGCGCCUCCAGGCCACCGAGGGCACUUAGCUCCCCCUUCCUGUGACAGCGCUCCCCAGUUCCCACACACAUUAGUGUAAAUUAACAUUAACAUAGUGUAAAUUAACAUGUCAAUUCCAAAUUAACAUGUGGAAUUGGUACAGCUUUUUUAUUUUUCAGAAGAAGAGCAAACCACUCCAUUUCAUCUCCGUAUGGAUGUCUAUUUGCAUCUCUUGAAACGAUCAUGUGACACACAGCGUAACUCUUUUAUGGCACCUGGGCGUGUCAGGCCAAAACAACCUUCAUACGCGUGCUCAGUACUCUUCUUCUGUCUUUUGUGCAUUUCCUGGGCUGCAAUACAGUGCCACUUACUGGCUUGGUAUAUGCACUACAUCGUUUUCAGUGAUUUGGCGAAGUUGUCACUAAAUAAAAAAUCAAAACUGAAAUCUAAAAUUGAGUGGUCAUAAAAAAAACAAAAAAAAACAGGAUUUUAUUUUUGGCCAAAAUCUUGCAGCCCUAUUUUGAAAUAAAUUAUGACACAAAUUAAUUAGAGGGCCUGAUUUAUUCGAAAUAAAAACACCGGGCCCCUUGGUAGUCAGGUCCACUCCCCCCCCCACUACCACGCCCAUGCUUGUCACUGCUCUGGACUGGUGUGAAGGCAUGAGCUAGUGUCACUAGCUCUCAGUAUAAACAGACACUUAAGACAGCAGCAGGAGAGGUACUUUGUCCCUGUUUAUAGAUUUGCUAUUUUUCAGAGUACAUGUGUUUCAACAGAAAAGUAUAAACCAUAAUUCACACAUUUACUUUAGUUUAAAUCUAGUAGAAGGCCAAUAUAUCCUAAUUAAGCAUUAAGGAUUGCAGAAUAAAUGCAGUCUUAGUGUUGAAGCGUCUCCCUUUUCACCUGUGAGAACUACUUGUUGCCCUGUUAUUCUUAUUCUGACCUGUUAUGUCACACCUAUAGAGUAGCACUCAGCACUAUUCAGCCUCUGCCUGAUGCACUUCAUUUGGCUGAUUCUUAUGGGUGCUAUUUUUUACACAGCUUUGCAGUUAGUUUUGCCUUCACAGAACACAUCAGAGGCUAGCUCCCACUUUGUAUCUUAGCUAUUAUCACAGCGCCCACUGUCACACUGUUACAUAAGACUCGACUUUUCUUCGUUUAAGUUUUUACAGAUAGAAAAGCUCCAUAAAAAAGAUGAGAUCUGGCUCAAACUGGCCUUACUGUCAACAAAAGACUCAUCAGUGAAGUGGCAUUGGGGAGAGAAAAUGGCUGGGAGUUUUCUCUUACGACUAGGAACACUUGGAGCAACAUGUGUGUCCACAACAUGUGGAGACAAACUUAAUCAAUAUUAGAGGCGGAAAAAAAGACAGAGCAGUAAAGUGGAUUUCACCGCUGAACUGAAAAUCUGAUAGAGCUUGGAUAUGAAGGUCAGAGCCAGAUGUCAGGUUUGGACGAAGUCUGGUAAAGUUCUUAAAAUGAGGACGCCAAAAUCACACCCAGGUUUAACACCCUUACCCAUGUUUCUCCUGUGUAGAAACUUUCUUGAGGAUGAGUCUAGACCUUCAAAAUUGUGUUUUAUGACUCUGUUUGAAUAUAGUUUAACAAAAUCAGUAAGAACAAGUUACUUUAAAGACCCACUCUGGUGAAAAUCAUAUUUUUCUUGUUGCCUAUGUGUUCAAAUGGCGUUUUUCUGAUGCUACGGGACAUGAGAAAGGUGCAAAAUUGUGUUUUCUGCAUUCAAAUCGCUGUGAGAUUUCCUACGUAGCAAAUCCAAGCUCCGCCCCUGUGCAGGCCAGACUUGGAAAAGUCGAGAGGACGAUCACGUAACAAGCGUGUGCGUUAGCGUCAGAAAGCCAGUUAUGAUAUUAACUUCCAUCAUGUCCCUAAAGACAUUAGUGUCUCACAGCUGAAUAGCUCUUAUGUUACCUGCUACUUCUACUAAAAUGGCAAUGUUAGACCACAAGCUAGCGGAGCAGAGCAUCUCUGUCUCCACCCAUGACUCAGAGGCGAAUUGUUAAUGAGCUACUGGAGCUCUGCAGAAAAAAAGACCUUGAAAAUGACAUAAGUGACGUGAUUUUGGCUAAAAACCUCAUAAUCACAAUUUAAAGACCACUGAGAACACUUCAAGUAGUAAAAAAAAAAACGAUUGUAGUGGGAAACUAGGUACACAAAUUAACUUAAGUCAAGAGUUUAGGCAGGAUUAUAAGGUCAGCUAUGGUAUUUAAAUACUACAAAUACAACAUAUUCACCCAUUAAAAAGGAUAGAAAUUGAUGAAGACACAAAAAGUUACAUAAGAGGCAUUUUUAAGAUCUGCCAAUCGAGGGAUAAAUACAAAGUACAGAGUUUUAGCAUGCAAAAGUCCUUUGCACUCUCUCAUCCGACUGUCACAUUCUGUGAUAUGUGCUCCCAGCUGCAUUUCUAAAACUUGCACAUCUUUCUGCAUGAUUGACACAGCAGUUCCCAUUGCUCUGUAGCUCGAAGACAACGUGCAGGACUUCCAAAUCGUUUUGCACUUGUCUUCAAAAAGAUCCGAUACUUCAGACAGGUUCACUUUAAUCCCUCUCACAUGCACAACAAUGCAGGUCAAUGAAAAGUGGAGUUUCUAUCUGCAGGUGUUCCUGAUUUAGCUGUGAGUGUCUCCUCAGGGUAGAGUAUUUUCUGUCCUGAAAUCUACCUGAGCCAGCUGAGUGCAGCAGACAUCUGCUUGGACAGAAAUAAACCCACAAUCAGCCCUUUUGUUGUUUCUAAUGGUGGCAACACAUCAGAUGGAGACGGGCUGACACAUACUUCUGUGGGCAGACAGGCUUCCGUUCUGCAGGCAGGGUACACACACAUCUACACACACAAGUGCAAGACCACAGUUGUGCUCCUGUGACUAAAGACCCAAAUCUGACAACUCGGUUUGCAGAGAGGAAAGCGACUUUGCCAAAACUGAAUGGCUGCUUGGACAAUUUGUGUUCUGAGUCAUGGUGCAUCUUAAUAAGGCUGAAAGCUGUGAAAACUGUGUUUGGGACUCAAUGGAGUGAAGCUAGAUUAUGAAUGUGAUAAUAUUUUAAAACAUUUGGCACGGAUAAGACCUAAAUGUGGGAGACGUACAGUACAAACGCUUCCUCUUUGUACUCACCAGCUGAAAAUUACAUAAACUCUGCAAAUAACAACACUUUUAAAUACUAUAUCACUCACAAACAGAUACUUUAAGAUAAUUUGCAUCCUCUUUCUCGUGCAACUAUCUGCAAAUUUUGCAAUGCUUGUCCCAGCGUUAUAAAACCCUUUCGCUCACCUCAGAUGCUCCCCUUUCUAGCGUUCAGGUGAGCGUUCAACCCUGAUGCUCGCUUUAAAAAAUUCAGCACAAGGCCGUGUGGUGUCACCGAGGCAGAAGUGCCUGACACAGUUCAGUGGCUCUGCAGAGAUAAGACAAGCAAAUGACCCGGUUUCACUAAGUGUGAAAAAGGGAAGGCGGGCAGAGAGUGAGUGAGUGAAUUAAUUAGCAAGUUCAUGAAUUAAAACUAAUUAAUGGAUACGGGGGAGGCUGCUGUAGAUAAAUGAGGCUGUAUGAAAGCAGAACAGGUCCAGUAAUUACAAUCUGAGGGACUUGAGGACAUAUUAGACAGGAUAUUAGCAAUCAUUUGUGGACUUAAUUCAUAAAUCCUUUGCAAGGGAGCUUUAAAAAUGUGAGUAUUUGCAGUCCAGUCCGGACACAAGUGAGUUUUAUAUCUUUUGGACAAUUUGGGCUGAUGUAAUGAGUUUUAAACUGGUUGUUAUGCCUCUUUCUGACCCACAAAAUCCAACAAGACAUUCAUUUAACACCAUAAAUCUGAGGGUAUGCAUAAGUUGCACCAGUAUCCACGCUUAAAGACCAUCAUUAAAUCAGCUUUGUGCAGUUUUCUUGUAAAUGUAACUCCUCUAGCACCACCACUGCCCAAUUCUUUGAGAUUCACUUGUCUUAAACUACAAUGUCAUUUCUAUCAAAUCAGUGCAACAAAAAUGAUACACCCAUUAGUGUAGUGAUAAUUAGCUUCAUCUGCCAUGCUCUGUAUCUAGCAUGCUUUGCUCUCUGGAGCAGUUUCUUGUUUCUUGGAGCGCCAUCUUCUGGGUAAAAUAUCAUAACUCGAUAAAAUCCCUCUUCGUUUUAUACUAGCAGUUUGAUUUAAUCAGUCUAAAGGAUGCAUCUUUUCAAUUCAGAUAGUUCAUUUUUAUGUCUGUAAACACUGCUGCAGGGUAGGUUAGACAAAGUGGUUGACAUCAAUGUUGGGAAACUGUAUAGCAAAAUAGGGCUGGGCGAUAAUCCCAAAAUUUACUGAUACCCAAAUUUAUGACAAAACUGACAUCAUUUUGCACAUGUCAAUAUACAUUAAGUGUCAAAAAAUGAAUAAAUAAAAGUUGGUUUUGGGUGUGUGUAGGUAGGCUAUGGUCUCAUGUCCCUUUAAGACACUGUCCUACAUGAAAGACGUGACUCCACCCCAUCCAGUCCAUAACAAAGAGGGAAAGACGUGAGGAGAUGGAGGACGGUUCAAAAGUUGGAGCGGCUGGAGUAGACAGACUUAAUGUGGGAGGGGGUGAGCGGCUUGUGGAGUAGUUAUCGUUCAUUUAUCAUUAUCGAGGUGAACUGAUCAAUAUAUUGUGAUAUUGAUUUGAGGCCAUAUCGCCCAGUCCUAUAGCAAAGACUUAGUAAUUGACACAUAGUUAAAAACUAUCAGACUUACUUUUUUCCUUUUUUGUUAAAAGGUGCAGUGGGUGGUAUUAAGUGGACUUGGUAGACAUGGAAUAUGAUAAGUAUGAAUAUUAAACUUAUUUUGCUUUUUAUAUCUACUUAUGAGCAAGUCCUUUAACCAUUAGGUAACCAUUUUGCACCACUAUAGUUCUACAGUAGCACAGACAGGGCAAACUACACGCCAUACACGUCUUUGAGUUUAGUGGCAGCCAAAAAUGCUCUGCUUGGAGGACAGAAACGUGAUUAAGACAUACAGUAGGUGAACAUACUGAUCAUGAAUCUCACAACUUUUUGUCCUCAAAGGCCACCAUUGCUUUACAGGGGGAGGGGUGAGCCAGGGAGAAUGACCACUAAUGGUCAAUAUUUCCAUUUCCAGACACUGUACCUUCAAAUCACAACUCUCAUGAUAACAAGACAAGAUCAGCCAAGAAAGAGGAGGUACUAUCACUCAAAUGGAAUAUUUAAUGUAAGCUAUAACAAAAGGGAAAAUGAAAGAAAAUUCUUACUUAUAUUGUCAUGUACAAGCUCUAAAAGUUACAGAAAGUAUCUGUACUGCAUAUCACAAAUUCAAGCUGCUGCUCUGAAGAAAAUUUGGCCUCCCUGCUGUAGUUUUUGUCAGCAAUAAAAGUUAAACUGGGGACAUAAUUACUCAGGAAAAACUGAGUGACGUGGACAAAAUUCCACAUAUAGGACAAAAACGUGAGCCUCUAUAAUUGAGCUCAACCCAAACUGGCCGGUGUUGCUAUUAUUACUCACCCUCAGUGAGAGAGAGAGCAGCGGUCUGACCUUCCCCUGAGAGUUUCUUGUUUUAAAUUUAGAGAUGAUGUGACACACACACACAUGCACACACACACACACCCCGCUUAUACGUCGACAUCAGUGCGUCUGUGAGCACGUAGAUACCUGAGCAUCCAUUCAUGCAUUAUCACACUCAGUGUUGUAGAUUAUUAAUACAUACCCACACAAGUCCCACACUAUCAUUAGAGUGGGGGAAAUAAAUCUUCAAAGCAUUCAUUGUAGUUGGAGCCGCAUUCUUUUGCACUGUGCAGAUCCAUCUCAUCUUUUAUUGUUAUACAAAUCUGGUUUCAUAAUCACUUCCCAGCAUGUCAGCUUAUACGCCACACAUCUCUGCAGGGUGUCUCCUGUCAGCAUCCCGAAAUGAGGACAUGGAAAGAAAUCUGAAAACCUGCAUUGCACCAAGUUAGGUAACAUCAAAGAAGAUGUUCAUACUCACACUCUCAGAAACACAACUUCUGUGAUCUAGAUUUUUAAUUCUUAAUCCGCAAAACCCCACCAGGCACCUCAGGUCUACCGGAAGUUGCCUAUGCUUUGAAAUUCAUGAGACGCACUUGUGUGUAUCUGCGAUGUUGGAGCGCUGUUGCCAUUUUUAGCCCCUUUCCUCCAGGAGCUGGCCUCACUGCACGGCUGAAUAGAACAUGCACUGUUUCCUCCUGACUACAUGGAUUUGUCAGGGGUUUUUUAUAAAUAGCUCAGAAGAGGCACGUGUCAGCGACAUACUGCAGACGAAGGAUGCAGCUCAGAGAUUCAGACGUGUCUGUUUGUCAAAACAGACGCAGAGAGGCGAGGGAAAGAGAGGAAGAGGGAGAGGGUCUGUGUUAUGAUGCUGUUGACAGCAACCAAAAUGAUGCGUCAAUGUUUCCACAUCUCUCCUCGUACGCUUCGAUAAAUGACCCUGCCUGCCAAGAGCGCCGCAUGCUGACACACAUAUGAAUUCAACCAUGAAUAAGUGUUCAAGACAAGUUUCCAUUUCUGGAAUUAUUGUGUGAAAGCUGCUGUCAUCCGUGCAGAUAUCCACAUAUCCCAAAAAAAAUCAUGUGUUUACAAGUCUGACUGCAAUAUAGCACAGAUACAGUCAUUUGCAUGAAAUAGCACCCAAAUUGGACUUGUAUGAGUUAGAGGUAAUGGAGGCAGACGCAGAAGCUAGAUAGCAAAACCAUAGACUCCCUAACGCCGAGGUCAAACAUCAUCUUUUUGUCUGUUAUGAUGGUCACUGAAAUGGUCACCAUAAAUCAGUGCCGUUACUUGACAUGCUCCUUCUGUCCCUUGGCUUUUCAGACACACCAGUCCUCUCCCUGCUCCCCUCUCUCCACCUCCGUCUCCUCAUCUGUCUUUCCCUCUUUGUUAUGGACUGGAUGGGGUGGAGUGACGUCUUUCAUGUAGGACAGCGUCUUAAAGGGACAUGAGACCAUAGCCUACCUACACACACCUACACUCAACAAAUAUACUGACGUGGGCAGAAUGACGUCGGUUAUCAUCAUAAAUUUUCGGUUUAUCGCCCAGCCCUAACAUAACAAAAAUACAGCCGUCACUAAUUAACUUUUACGGCAUCUACAGCUUCCUCCACCCAAACUGUGUUGCACAUCAAAUUGGGUUUUUAAAAGUGAGAGCUGUUUGACGGGCAGCAGCUAACACAUGCUCAGCUGUGGUGAAAGAGAAAAAAGGUGCAGUCUAUUCAUCAUACACGACAACGCUAGGCAACACAGAGAUUUUCAGCCUUCAUUAUCAUACAUGAUUUUGGAGAGUCAUGCUGGUAAUGCAGACAGCAUGUUGUGGCCAACACAACGAACAUGACAGAGCACAGUACAGAUGGUAGAAAGGGAGGUCCUAGAUGACUCUCCACAUGGGGUACAACAGUUGAUUUUCGGGGCAGAUGGGUCCUGGAACUCUGCAUCCUCCAGAUCAAGCUUUAUCUCGUUCAACUUUGGCAUAAAACAGUUUGAAGUUGGAAUUUUGACAUGAGACUUAAAGACAUUCUGCAGUCUGCCUCAAGUGGACACUUGAGGAACUGCUUUUUUUUUUUUUGCACUGACAAGCUAAUGCAAAAUAUCAAAUACCAAAUGCAACAAAAUAAGCAUUUUUCAGUACAAGAGGCUACCCUUUGCUAGUAUGUUAGUGGAAGCUCUGUUUAUUCUUGCAGCCCCUUUCACCAGGACAAAAUCCCAAUUAAAUUCAAGGCAACAGAAAGGGGAACUUUUACAGACAUGAUUGAAAAAAGAGUAGAUAUUUACACCAAUCAACAAGCACAAAAUAACACACUUACUCUGUCAUAUCUUAUUGUUUCAGUCAAUAUUAAGUGUUGUUGGUCUGUGUGGAUAUUCUGGCUCAGUCUCCUCUCUAGGUCAUCAGAUACUGAAAUUUGGUCAGUGGCCCUCGGCCUAAACAAACUUUGCAUAUUUAUUAUUCCUGCAAGCCCUGCACAACCAGAACUACUGCCAGGAGGACCAGCAUCCUGACCAGCCUGCUCGUUUUUGAGCCUUUUGAAGAGAGAACUGAUUGAAUAUUUAUGGUAUUUGGAGGAAAAAUCGUGACACACACAAAUCAGACUGAAACCUCUAAACUAGUAAUCAAAUGCAAAAUUCUGAGAUUUUUCUGACUGUUUAAAAUCCUGAUGUAAUCUUGUUUAUAUUCACCUCACUCAGUGUAUUUACUUUUGAGCCGGCACAUGACCAAAAUGGCAUGGAAUCUAUCAUUAAAAAGAUAAAUAAUGUUUAAAAGAGAUGCAUAAAAUAAAGUUAGUCAUCCUCUGGCAUUUUCCUCCUGACCUUCAACCAAAAGAUCACUUGCUGUUACACAAUGUUGUAGCACCCAUGCCGCUUUCGUACGUGUUUUCAUGCUCCAAAGAGAAAGAGCAUGAUCAAAUGUCUACCACCUCUGGUUUGUCACACAUCCUUAUUUCACCUUUUUAUGCCGACUUGUUACCAUUCACAGCAGACGUGUCUAUUCUGAGAGUUAAUUAUGUGUUUCUGUACCUCUGCUCUCUCCUAAAUCUCUCCUCUAACCUGUGGAGAAAUGCGCCAAAAAAAACAGAAAAACCUUCCUGCUCUAUUCAGAUAGUUCAGCCUGUUGAGAGCUUUACCUAAAAUACCUCAGCUUGUUAUUUUUGAAAAAACCUCUCUGAAAAUAAACCUGCAUUAACAAAUGAAGCGCACCUUAAGAUGAUGACUCACACAGAUGCCACGCGAAAUACCUUUCCGGCCCAGUGAUCUUGGCUUAUAUAAAACAUCUGAUGCAUAUUAUAGUGUCUUCAGGGCAGAAAGCAAUAUAUCGAGAGUGCAGCCGGAAACAAGCUAAAUUAUGAAAUUAUUCAUGAGCAAACAAGGAGCACGUACACCGUUUAUUCGCCGAUACAACCCAAACAAAGGCCCCUCAGAGAAUCAUCCCCAUUAUUUCUUUGUUUAACCCAAUUUCUCUGUCCGAAAAAAUGCUCAUUUAAUGGCAAAACAAACUGCAAUCUAGUUUUCAGAAACCUGUUAUAUUAACAACAAUGCAAACACUGCCUCUGAUGCUCACACACCGUAAAACAGCCAGUGAUGAAGGACACAACGUGAAAUUGUAAAGAGCCUCGUAAUAUGUGCAGCGGCAAUAAACCAUUAUUGCCAUCAAUUGGCUUUCACUUGGCAAAUGAACAGUACACUCUCAUUCAAUGUUCCCUAUUCAAGGUCCAAGCAUCAAAACAAUCCACCACUACAAAUGUGACGGCACUGAUCACAUCCGCAGAGACAGGGAGAGAGGAUUCUUAGGAAACAGCAGAUCAGAGGAGGGAGACUGAGACAAAAGGUGUAUGGACGGGCUCGGUUUAUUUACACACAAUCUGUUUUAUGACCGCACAGGGGUUACAUAACAAAUCCAUCAUCAAACAUAAGAUAAUAAAUUGGUUCCUUGUAUCGCGGUGGAACAUGAAUCUGUAUUUAAGAGACGAAAUGACUCAUCCGCUUUGACAAUGCUGUUGUUGUUCUCUUUUGUUGUUACUCUGCCUGCCUAUCUUGACAAAAAUUGGGAUGUACAUCAUGAUUGCUUUGACAAUAGGGUGUUAGUUUAUUGGGAGAUCGGUUAGUAGAGCUUGGUUAGUAGAGCAGGCGGACAAAAGCAGCUAUUUUCAAGGCUUUGUUUGUGAGAUUGGUUAAUGUUCUAGUGAAAUUUGGUGCACACCAUCGCCCAGUCUCUACCAACAUUUCCUGUCCCUCUAAUGUUAUACAAAGACUGCCUCGCUUUUGGUUGGAAGUAGAACAACCAACACAACUGGAUCCCACUUCGAUGGUCCUAUACUUUGUAUAAAUUUGAUACUUAUUUGUCACAAAUUUUGCACAUGUAUGAUUCUGCGUGAAUCAAUGAUGAAAUCAAUGUGAUAAAGAUGUAAAACUCAAAACUUUAAACAUGUUCUUAUGAGUUUUGGACAUGUACUUCCAAACACAUGGUUAUACAAAUAGGUGUGCCCCAUGUAGAGGGCUUGGGCCCUAACAGCAGGGUUCCUACGCAAGUAUGUAAGUAUGGAAAAAUGUGGAAACAAGUUUGAUCAAUUUCCAGGUCUUGAGAAGUCUGGAAAAUGAAAAAUAAAGUAUGGAAAAUAUUUUUGUUUUCAGACUUUUCCCACAAUUUUAAAAUUGUGUUUUCUGAAAUAGAAAAGUAGGUAUUUCCAAAAAUAAUUCUAAAAAGUAGGGUAUGGAAAGUAUUAAAAUUCCAACUGUGUAGGAACCCUGUAACAGUAGGCAGUUAAUACCUGAAUAUUUUUGUGUUUACCUGCUUAUUUUUGCUCCGUUUGUGCAGUCUACUUAAAUGCCCACAGAUGCAAACUUUAGUAAAAUUGGGGUUUUCUUUCACGCCACUGCAGUCAGUUUUUACAACACAUGAUUGAGGGUGGGUGACACUUUACAUGUUUUAUAGCAACUUGGCUGUUAAUUCACCUCCCUCACUUUCUCUCAAACGAGCUUCAUUUUACUCCCGUUAAAGGGAUAUUCCGUCGUAAAUUGAAAUAAUUGUCAAAACACACCGUAACCCCGAGUUAGACACCCCCCGAGAGAGAUGAAUCUUGCCGACUGCUUGCCUCUCUAGUUAUACCAAUUUUAGUAAUGGCCGAACGAUAGCAAUACACAUGCGCAAACCUCAACCAAAACGCCACUCUAUAGCCACAAAUAAUGCUCAGAACAGCACCUAACUUCACCAACAGCACAUAUAGGGUCCCAGCCAUAGCACUAGCCACCAAACAUCUUUUUUACUUUGCCUAAUUUCUUUAGCAAAGAGACUAAACACAACUCACCUACUCUCUUCCAGCAGCCGCUUGUUUGUGGGGGGAGCCCUGACAAGUCGAUCACAGAGUGCAGUGGUGAUCAACUUGUCUGGGCUCCACCCGUGUUCUUAAUAUAAGUCACAGUGGAUCUCCGUGCUGAUUGGCUGUUGUAGCACAGGUAGCUUACUCUCACAAAUAAGCAGACCGUAGCCUUGUAUUUAACUCUGUAUUGAAGCAGUGGUAAUACUCUCAUACUUCACUAACUUCCCAUUAAAAAGGGGAAAGAUACUUUGUUAGUCCAACAUCUCAGCUUACAUCGUUUGUGCAUUCAGUUUUGUUUUGUUUUGUUUUUUUUCUGCCAUAGACCCACUUUUGCACAAACUUUAGAUCUUAGAUGGAACAUCUCUCAGCCACAUGGAGGACUGUUUUGUUCCAGUGCAUGAUAAAAUGGUUCACAUAAUCUGAGUUUAGGUAACCCAUUUCAAUUAAGCGAUAAUUUGUAUUCAAUUAUAAAAGCAGGACCAUUAAAGGCUAAAGAUAAUCACUCAUUUGUCUAUUUUUAACUUACAACAAAAACAGUCGUAAUUUUCCACUUGAUAGCUCCUGCUGUUUCCUGCCAGCGACGUUGCAUAAUGCUUUGUUUCAUGAUGAAUAGAUGAGCUUUACUGGGGAACCUUUUAUGUAUACAGAAGAAGACGAGCCGGAGCAAAGAGCCGUGAGGCAAAUGUAAGCAGAAAAGUGACAUAAUGAGACAGUGCUACCUCCAUACAGCAGCUGCUGUCACGAAACGCUGCAUCGGAGGACUUUCUUAACUCUGCACACUCAACUCUUUGUUAUCAGACAGAAAACGAAGACUCGAGAGCAACCUCGUCAGAAGUGGGGCAUUAAAAAUGCUGCAAAUGAAGCAGGGCUGUUCUGAAUCAGCAGUCUGCAUAUGGAGUUGCACCUGUCGUCUACGUCCAGUCCUGUCAGAUGGCCUUAUCUCUCUGCAUCUUACUUCUUACAAUCAGUUUAUUCAUUAGGUUUUCCGACAGUUAAGAACCAAUGCAUAGUCUAAAUAUCCAAAAAGGUCCUAGUGAAACAUAAAUUUAGCAACCUUUAGACAAAAUGUGCAAUUUUUUGAGCAUAAUUCCAAAGUCGGGCUCAUUUUGUCCAGGAAAUUUACAGUUGCAUAAACAUGAAACCAAGGCCAAUCUUUGUUCAGACGAAGCUGAAGACAAUGUUUUCUCAGCUUUGUUUGCUUUUCAAUGUGUAUAUUCCUGGAGCUCUUUGUCAUUUCAAGUGGAGAACACACCCAUGCACUCCAACAAGCCAUUAUAUGUAAAAGCUGCGCACAUGACAAAGCUUCUUUUGUAGUCGCAAGGUUAGAGCUGUAAGUUGGAAGGACAGAUUUCAAUAAUGUGCAUUGUGUUCUUACAGGAUCAGCACCAUGAAGACCAGACUAGGCUGUCUCUCCCACAAGUCUGACUCCUACAGUGACUUCUCAGAGUUCCUGCCUCCUGCCCACGAAACCACGGCCAGGUGUCUGAAGUGAGUCUGCCAAAAUCCUGUUCCUUCAAAUGUGGUUUUAACAAAUGGAGACACAGACUUCUGUUGUGUUAAGUAACUCUCAGGAUGCUGGACUUGGACAGUGUAGCUUUAGCAGGAUGAAAACUUCACAACUGUAAUAAUGUAAUAAUAAUCUUCGGUCAUUUAGGUGAACUUUCUGUGCAGCUUAUUCCAAUCCUAUUUGUAAAUCAAUGCAAAUAAUGUGCCUAUAACGUCACCACAUAAGUGGAUUCCACUGAUGUUGGAGUUGAACUUUCCAAAAAAAACCGAGUUAUUCAUGCAUUUAUUUACUAUCACUUUAAACUCUCACCAUGCUUUACAAUAAAAGUGGUAAACAUUUGACAUAUUUUCUUCCCUUUGUUUGAACGCAAUACAGAAGAGGAUUAGGGCCACUGAAAAUAACAAGGUCAGAUAUAAUUUUUAAAAAUUCAAAAUUCUGACUUCAUGCGGUGUUUGAGUUACCUCAGAAGUCAGAAGUCCGAGCUGGGAAUGACGUCACACCCGAGUUCCCAGUGUUUCAGUUACCGAGUCAGAAAAAAGCUAAAUCGGAGGCGGAAACAAGAUGGCUACAUCUACGAAAGUUAUUUUAGCACUUGCCUCGUCCUUGCUUAUAUUCAGACAAGGCAAGCGCUUAAAUAACUUCCGUUAACAUACCAAGUAAAGCCCUGAGUUUAUAAUAUUCUUGUGGCAUUAAAAGCUAUUUUAGCCUGUAAGGAGCUCUGCUUUAAAGUCAGAGUUAUUUGAGCCCAAAAGUCAGCAUACACCCUAUUCUGGGAUUGUUAUAGAGUCCAGAUUCUUCUAUGUCUUGGAAGACAAUCGGGGCUGCACUGAUUAGAAAUUAUAAAUAUCGACUAUAAAUAUCUAUAGUUAGAAAUCUAGGGGCCCAUACUAUAAGAUAAGUUGAACAUACCUCAAGUUUCUUCUUAUCUGGUUUCACCAACACUGACAGAAGAAAUCGCUCUAAACGGUCCCAUGACACUGGUUAUCAAUUUAAUAAGUAAACUCAGAGUGACUGUAAGCGUCUUAGCGAGGGGGCGGUGUAGGCAGCACAUGACCAAUCACAGACAUUAGGAGGUUUGCUGUCCAAUGAUUGUUAUAUUCAAACACAGAGUGAGCUAUAAUAAUAAAAUGUGAAUUUAAUUGCAUGAUUCAAAAAUCAACACAGCUGCAUUUGCACAAAGAUAAACAAACUGGAUAAUAGAUGUCUGCAGUAAGAGGGUAAAUCGAGACAGACAGUUUCCCUUCUUUAGAGUGGAAAAGAUCCAACAACACCAGGUCCUGUUUAUUUCAUUAAACUGACUUGUUACUCUCUUGGCUUAUUAGUUUUUUUUUAUUUUUAACAUGCAUAGUUUCAGUUUCCCUCCACAGCCAAGCAAAGAGAUUUGAAAGUGAGCAGAGUUUUCUAAAAAUCGAUCACUUAUCCUGAACAUAACUCGAGGUGAAGCAGGUUCGAUUUUCAGUGAAAGUUAUCACAGUGGUAAAAAGAGGUGACACCACUUUCGUAAACUGAAAAUCUUCUAAAAUGAGCUCUAUUUUUAACUUUUUUAAAUGUAUUUUUUCUACACAUCUUUUUACCCUAUUUAUUUAUUGAUUGAUUGAUUGAUUGAUUUACUUACUUGUUUGUUUGUUUAUUUACUGUGCACUAGAGGUGGGAAUCACCAGUGGCCCCAUGAUAUGUUUUUAACUUUUUGCAAUACAGUGAGUAUUGCGCUACAAUAUAUUGUACGUUAUAUAAUUUUUUCAACUGUUUAGCUAAUUUAGCAUUUAGCUUUUCUUUAUGUUUGUCUUAUGUACACUGUAUUUUAUUUUCAUGUAGCACUUUCUGCAAACCUUAUAUAUAUAUAUAUACAUAUAUACAUAUAUAUAUAUAUUUGCUGUACUAACCCUCUCCUACUCUAAGAUAUCACCUCUGCCAAAACAACUGGACAAACAGUUGAAUUUAUUUUUACACUAUCAUAGAUUUGACUUCAUAUUAACAUAAUUGAAAAAUCGAUACUUGGUAAAUGAGACGAUGCGAUGUAUCACCAGACAAAAUAUUGCGAUACUAUGCUGCAUAGAUUUUUUCUCCCACCCCUACUGCAGCAUUGCUAUCAACUGCAUUUAUUUAUCUAUCCUACACAGCAACAUUACUGUAAACUAUAUUUAAAUGACCUAUUUAUCACUACAAUUAGAAUUUUUUAAUCUAAAGACAUUAAUUUAGUACUGUAUUUUAAUGUUAUUCAUUUUAAACUGUUUUUAAUCUAUAGGCAUAGGUUUUAAUCUGUUUUAAUACUAUUUUGAUCCUAAACUGUUUCCAACAAACUGCAAUUUGACUUGACAAUAUUUUGUGAAGUUUCAAAGUUCGUGAGUCUGGUUGUUAAAUCAAAUCUGUUGUUAUUUUGUGGGCUUUCUCACACUUUCAACACCUGUUAAGAUUUCAAACUAAAGUGACUUCAUGUUUCAGGCUUCGGCUGUCCAAACACAUGAUUUUCGUUGUGUUCAGAUCUGACAGAGUUCAGUACGAGUUGAAUCCGACAGCCAGUUUUCACCACUUCAGCUCUGACCAGUUUUAAACACGUCAUCUUUGUGUUUCCAGAUGUCGGCAGUCUCUCUAAAAUGAAACACGCCCCGGCUUUGUUUGAUUCAGAGUAAAAAUAAAAUCAAAGCAGGCGUAAUGAAAGGUGUUAUUACAGGACAUCUACUGUACAUAAAAGGCUAUUUUUACUCAUCUUUUGUGGUGUUUCACAAAUAGCCAAAUGUUCCAGGCACCCUCUAUCUAAAUGAAGGAUGCAUAAUGUAAACGUAUCCCUUUAAUCUUCAAGAUAGCGUGUUACCCGUCAUGGUCGGAGCGCUUCAUUAAAAUGUGAACAAAUGUCAGCUGUUGUUCCUCUUCUUUCCUUCUUUCACAGCUGAAGAGCAGCGGAUAAAUCAUACAUUAAACUAAGCCUGCCUUCAAUAAUACACGCGGUACCAUCUUGUGUUAAAAAUGCAUGAAAGCACUGUUGGUUUGCAUCUUACUCAAGCAGUUUGCUUUGACUUUCUCUCCAUCAGACUGUCGACGGACGAGGUUGUUCGAUGGUCAGAGUCGUUUGAUCAUCUCCUCUCCCACAAACGUGAGUAGACAAUUUUAUUUUAAGAGGGAAAAGUCUCCUCAUUUCAAUUACAUCUAUAAAUGUUAGGGUUUUUUUUCCCCUCUCUGUUUAUUGGAAUCAAAUUUCCUCUCAGCACAAGUAAAGUCCACUCUGUCCUCCCUCCUGGCCCAUCUCUCUUAUGUAAGGGCUUCAUGUGUUGUGAGGAUUCCUUGCUGCGUAAUGAGUCAUCCACUUGUCUCUGACCUUCCCCUUGGACCAAAAACUCAAUGGUUACAAACUCACCCACAAACACAAAUCUAUACAACCUGGUCAAGAGGUUCACUCUCAAUUAGCUCACAGGCCUUGUAGCAGUGAAUUAGCGGCAUUAACCUCAAUAAACUGACUAGAGGACAUUAAAAAGCUGCAGACCACGUCUUUUUUACUCUCUUUUAACACACCCAGGUAGUUUAACUCAUUGAUAAGAUAGAGUUAAUCCAAUUGACUGUCAUAUUAAAGGGUUGCUGCCAAAAAUGUGAGCUGUGCAACUAAUGUGCAUGCAUACGGAAGCAUACUGCAUUCACUUGCGAAAAAAAGAAAAGAAAAUUGCUUUAUUUUUUAGGUUUUUUUUUCUGAUUUUCAGACUAAUUUUUGGUCUUUUUAUUCUAUUUUUUUCUUCUAUUUUUUGUACUAUUAUUUUUUUCCCUUCUUUCUGUUUUUCAGGCAAAUUUUUUUUCAGUUUUUCAUACAUUUUUUUGUUUGUUUUUCUGUUUUUUUCUGAGAAUUUUUUUCUUCUGUUUAUUCUCUACUAAAUGUUUUUCCCCUCUUUCUGUUUUUCAGGCAAUUUUUUCUUCUGUUUUCUGUACUAAUAUUUUGUUUCGGUAGAAGUUAUGAAAUAACACCUUCGUUUGAUACGUAACCAUCAGAGAGCUAAUGUCACUCACAGCAGGCUUAUUAGAGGUGAGAACAGAGCCUUCCCCAGGCACCGGCAGCACGAUACACCUGUGUAUCCUGUUUCAAUUGACCAAGCAUUAGUGAGGUGAACUACAGCAAGUACAUAAGCACACACACACACAAAUAAAUAAAUACAUUACAUAAAGCAGUAAAAGCCAUGAGAUAUAGUACAAAAUGUUCCUUUCAUACAAUACUAUACUCACUUAGGCUUUCAUUUCGUUUUAACAGGGAUGUUGUCACUGUUGAGCGUGUAAUGCAUUUGCUGUGACCCCUGGUGUUCUGACCUGAACACACAAUCACCUGUUACAUGUCUGUUCAGUUUAGGACAUUUUGUAACAAAGAAAGGCACUGUGGUUUCCCUGCAUCAAGUGUCAGGAUUACACUUCGUAUUGUCGCAAAGGUUGUUAUACAAAUGUCAACUCAUGUAACUGAGGUCUACACAAAGCGGGCAUUUAAGCCGAGCAACAAUGUACUGUUUAAAUAACGCGUAGGCUGUACGAUCACUCCUGGAUCUCCGUUGAUUGCUUCGGCCCCAGCUGCCCUGCAUUGUCCCCAUUACUCCCAGCGGCUCCUAAUUGCUGUGAUGUAUUCAACCUCAAGUCUCAAGGCAUUCUCCUAUCAGUUCAUCAAGUUCCCUCCACUCAGUGACUCACAUUGUGCUUAAGUUAUGUGAACACGCCUGUACCCUGCUCUGAUGUUGUAAUUCAACCCAGUCUUGAGGCUCAUUUAUGCACAAAAAUAGAUCUGUACAUUUUUAAUCCACCUCUCCGUUGCAGUGCACACUCGGCUGCGAGAGAGCGCUGUACACACUCAGAAAGUUGAAGGAGAAUGAAAAGUUUAUUAUAUCUGAAGAAGUGCAGAAAUACUGCAAUAGGGGUCUGUGCCAAUAUCCAUCAAAGAGCAUUUAGGAUAUGUCCGCUAAAGUAUGCAUAUUUUUCAAAACAGAAGUUAUUAACGGACUGUGUUUGGACUGGUAAAUUAAAAGCGAUUGAACAGUAAGUAAUGUUUCAGUAUAGAGAUGAAAUCGAGCUAGGUUCUCUUGCAAUCAUGCAAUUAAACCUACUUUAGGGUGACCAUAAUCUGAAUCCCCAAAAAGAGGAUAUGUUUCUACGCGGGGCGGAAUCACGGAGCAGCGUGUAGUAAAUUUUGUGAGUUUUUUGGGUCAGGUCAAAUGUUGAUUACGCGCUUCUAACUCUGUAAGUCCAUGCUACACAAACUCAAAACUUCCAUGCAAAACCCCAGAGACUUGAAGGAUUUUAUAAACUCCAAAAAAAAGAGGACAUGUGCGGGUAAAAGAGGACGUAUGGGUGCCCUACCUACUUUUACCAAGCAGGUGAAAAGAAAUCACGAUGCAGCACAUGCACAAAAAAUGUUAAACAGCUGCCAUACAAAAUGAGAAACUCCAGAAACUCUUAUUGUUUCUAAAGCCUGGUUUAUGCUUCUGCACAAAACAUACUGUACAUGUACAACACAAGUAUGCAGUGCUUUAGAUGGCGUCGAUACUGCUCAGGUCUGAUGCAGAAAAAAUAGAGUGAAGUGGCGUUUACUCCAAACUCCAUCGACCUUUCAUUGACACCUUUUCCACUUAUUCCUGCCUCCAGCUGGCAGGAAACUAAGAUGCUGACAAUGUCAAAUGUAAACUUCGAUUGCAAGCAGAACUCAACAGACCCUGGCAUCUUUGUGAGUGUGGGAGGGUACAGAACAAAUCAGGAUGUUGUGUAACUGAAAGGUGGUGCUGUUUGAAACACUUGGUCGACAGAAGGCCAGUGGUUUAAGUCGUUUUUCAUUAUUAUUGUUAUUAUUGAGUGGUUCAUUCAUAUCACCCUCCAAAUGUUAUGAGUAUGAAGGUCGAGUCUGAAAAUACGUUUAAGUUUGCACGAUAUAAAUUAUCUACAAAACAAGCUUCCCUUAAGAAAUGCUCUCAGUUAGAAAGAAUCACCGCUUGUUCCCUCUGCCUUAAAUAUCUUAAUCUUGUUUAUCUCACUGUUAAGUUGAUCAGCAUUUACAGUUUAGUUUGAUUUCACUCACUGUUCUCUCUGCAGCCUCUUGCAGACUCGACUACCCACUCGGUACUCAACGGCAGACAGAAUUGUUAUAUAUAUAGCAAAGUACUUACCAGCAGACAGAAACUGUAAAUAUAGCAGAGUACUCAGCUGCUUCACAGCCAACACAAGGACGUGUUUAUUCAGAGGCAUGCUUUAUCAACUUUAGAGAGUACGAUGUGUUAUUCCUGCUGCACCAAAGGCUAAUAGAUCUGUUAGUGUCGGUCAUUUAAAUAGUUGGGGCAAAAAUAACCAACAGGCUAUUUUUAAACUUUACUGUUGAGGCCAAGAGUGUCUUUGUGCUUCAGUAAGUACAGCAGCCAUAGACAAGCCAGCAAAACAACCGUAAAAGGUACAUGUUAAAAGGAUAUUCCGACAUAAAUUUAAGUUAAAGUCAAACACACAAUAACACAGAGUUAGUCCCCCCUUAUGAGAUGAAUGUUGCCGACCGCUUGCUUCUCUAGUUAUACAAACUUUAGUAACAACCGCACAAUAGCAAUACACAGCAGUCUGAGGAGCCAUAAACAAACCUCGACCAAAACGCCACUCUAUAGCCACAAAUAAUGCUCAGAACAACACCUAACUUCAUCAACAGGACAUAUACGGUCCCAGCCAUAGUACUAGACACCAAACAUCCUUUUAGCUUUGCCUGAUUUUUUUAGCAAAGAGACUAAACACAGCUCACCCACUCUCCUCCAGCAGCUGCUUGUUUGUGGGGGAGCCCUGACGAGUCGAUCACUGAGUGCAGCGGAGUUUCGCAGCUCAAGGAGGAACAUUUAUGAUUAUUACUUCAUGGAAAUGCAAUCAGACCGAGACGUUAAGGCAGAAGAACUACUGUGUCUGCAGUGCAAAAUGAUUAUUAUGAUGAUUUUUACUUAAUGGAAAUGAUCCGCUGCACUCUGUGAUCGACUUUUGUUACUUAUGUUGAGUUACAAUCGUAAUGUUACAUCCUCUUGACCUAAAAAGGUUGUCAAAACAGGCUUUUAACCAACAUUUAGCUGAAAUUUUUGUGGAAUUACAAAGAAAAUUAUCUAUAGUUUAUGUGUUGACUUUAAAUCUACUUUAUUCCACGGACUCUGCCAUUUCUGAAAAUGCCAGAUGUCAAAAUUUGUGAAUAAACACAACCUUUUAUGAAGGCGUUAUUAGCACGGAAAAAAAAAACUUUUUUAUUUAACUUAAGAAAAAAACUGGGCUAUUGCAUCAAAUUUUGUGAAUCUGAUUUUUUUUUUUCGCUACUUUAAAGUUUUGAUGUACACAAAGGAAAAGAAGAUCCUCAAAUUCCGACAAAUGUUAAGUAUUCAAACUUCAAAUUUGGAUUUAUCGGAUUGGCAUACUUUAAUCCUGAGUGUCUCUUCUUUCCUAAUCAUUCUGGGGAAUCUCUGAAUUCCCCAGAGUCGACAUCACACACCUCCACGCUCUCUGUGACCUUUUUAAAAGUGAUGGGAAAAUCACAGGGGGGAAAAUUGGUUUUGAUAUGCUUUCAAAAAUACUGAAGAAGAAGAAAAAAAGGGAGUGCUUUAAAGGUUUGAAGGUUCCUUGUUGCCUUUGACGUCUGUGCGCCACAGUCAUUCAGGGUCGGCAGCAAAGAGUAUUUCUUUUUUUCGUAGCCUGUGUGGACCUCCGUGUUACGUGUCCCUCUCACUCAUUAGAGUGUGAGCAUCUGUGUGGGCAAUUUUGCCCAAUCGGAACAGAUGGAGCGCCUCUUCUCUCGCCCCAGCUUAAUGAGUAAACAGCAGAGAAAAAGAGGGGUCCAAAUGACAUGUCAACAUGACCGGGCCCGUGGAAAAACAUCCCCUUCCUCUGUGAUAUCAUUAAAAGGGGAGCACAUAAAUCGAUCAUUUAUCUUGACAGGGUAAAAUAUCUCUCGGUGGGAGGAUUUUUUUUCUCAGAUUUUGUUUGUGUGUUCUUAUCAUGGGAGCAUUUCCCCGCUUCUGGGAACAAGUGUGUAUGCACUUGAAAACAUCAACAAGAGACGAAGGACAUUACCGAAUAUCACGUGGUCAGGAAGAGGGGGUAAACAGUGAGGGGGAGUUUUCAGCUGCUGUACAGAAAUAGGUGUAACACAGAGGUAUCAAUCAUGAUUUGAAGUGUUUUUUGUUUUUCUACCUCCCCCCCCUCUUACCGUGUGAUUUAUGUGUCCUUUCCAGAUGGGCUGGCUGCCUUCCGGACGUUUCUCAAGACGGAGUUCAGCGACGAGAACAUCGAGUUUUGGAUGGCCUGUGAGGAGUACAAAAAAAUUAAGAGCUCCACCAAGCUUGUCUCCAGAGCGAACAAGAUCUUUAAGGAGUUCAUCGAUAUUCAGGCACCAAGAGAGGUGUGUGUGGCUGAUAUUACUGUGACCUACUCCGAUUUUGAAUGCUGAAUUGAGAUUUGAUUGUUUGAUUAAUCGUGGUUUAGAGGCACAAGUUGAGGGCAGGGAAAUUGAUUCAUAUUUGAAAUGCCCUUACCCCCUGACUUGGAGAAGUUAUUCAGACAUUUCAGUGAGAAGUCAUGCUUCUGGUCUCCCAAUGACAUCAACCCUGCACUGAGAAAACCGUCACCUGUUGAGCCUAAUGUGGAUUUGUGUUCGAUCUUCUUUUCUCGCCAGGUGAAUAUCGACUACCGCACCAGAGAAAAGACAAAACAAAGCCUUGAAGAUCCGUCUCCAACCAGCUUCAAUGAAGUCCAAGCUAAAGUCCACAGCCUCAUGGAGAAAGACUCCUACCCACGAUUCCUCAGGUCUAAGAUGUACCAGGACAUAGUGAACCGGGCGCAGGCACAAAGCCAGCGGAGGUCUGUUUGAUUGGAUCAAUAGAGACCACAAAAGGAGAGAAAAACUGGGCCUACAGUGUAAAUGAAUCAUAAACCUUUUGACUUCAUCUCUGAAUACUGUGAAUCUGCAAGGAUGGAGGAACAUGCUCGACUGUGUCCUUUAUCAACACCAAAUCCAUGCAUGCAAUCCCUGCAGAAAAGAUAAACUUCACUGCAAAAUACAGAGACUUUGGAGCGGAUGAGGAUAAAUUAGCUUUACCUUCCAUGUAGUGCUGGGCGGAUACCUUCAUUUAUCAUCAUUAACCAUUAUCAUAUCACAUGACACUGCCUAAAAAUGGAUUUGGGACAAGUUGGUAUGGGAUCUAAUCUUAAACCUUAGAAGGUGCGAGCUGGAAAAUCACAAGUUAACUUAAAAGUGGAGGUUUGUUUUCAUGAAAUGGUUCCUCACACUUCUCUUGGAUUAUUAAUAACUAUUUAAAGGAAGUACCUAGGAAGUAAAUAAAUACAUAAUCGCUGUGUAAACUGAUUUUGUACCAUUUCUAUAGCAGCCUAAUGUUCAGAUUGGAUUUAAAGAAAACUCAGAUUAACCAGUUUUAGAGACCUAAUGAAAAGUAUCAUAACCCAGAACUGUGACGAUGGCAAAAGCAGGAAAACAGGAAAUUCUCAGUCUGUUUAUUUCAAGUAUCUAAUGGAAGCACAGUGAAUGGAUGACUUAGUAAACUGUUUGUCCACAAUGUAUAAAAUACGACAGUGACCUGAUUCACAAAUAAGAUGACAUUCAAAACAAGACAGGAAGUGCUUGGAGCUUGGAGUGAAGAGUAUUUUAAAAAGUUAAAAUCAGGGGGACAUAUUUCAUACUCACUAGGAGUGAAAAGUAACAUGUCUGGAGGUUUCAUUUACAAAUUAGAGAAAUCCCUGAUAAACCCUCACCAGUCAGGGGGAUAUUAUUUAUUGUUUGGAAAAAAUAGGUUGAAGUUUUAGUUAAAGUUUCAUUUUACAGUGAAGAACUUAAUCCUUUUACUGCACUCAGAAGAAAAGAUGUGUUCAAGCAUUUGAGGUGGCUCACAGCAGCCUAGAGAAUAGUUGGCUUCGUCAGAGUUCAUCAGGUCACAUCUGAGUUUUAUCAGUGAUUUUACUGGCUUUUCUGACCACUUUUGGAAAUUUUCUGUUACACAAACACUCAAGUCUUGGAUUCAGGAUCAAUGCUGGGGAUGAAAAAUAAAUAAAUCAGAACUUUUCAGUUACAGAUAUAAACCAUGUAUACAUGGGAGGUGCUUGCUGGUUGAGGUACAGUAUCGAUGUUAAAGGAGUUUUUUGACAUUUGUGAAACAGACUGAAAUUAAAAUUAAGAUCUAUUUAUGAUAUGGGAAAGCAAAUACAACCAUUAGUGACAAGAUUUACAAGUUUAAAAUUGUGAUUUUUAAUGUUUGAAACUGUUGCGAGAGGGAAGGUAUCAGCUGUGCGUCGAAAGAGACAACCCUGUUUUGACAAUUUCCACAAAGAUAUAAAAUGAAUUAAACACCAGACUUCCAAGAGUCAGCAGGAUGAGUCAGAGGACCCCACUUAAGCCUUUGUAUGCCAAAAUGGACACAUACUAAAAAUUCCUUACAGGAGUUUUAAGUAACGAUAUUGAUGACUGAAUUCUUAAGCGGGUGAGGUUCAGCAUUUCCUGAGAUGGUAUCAUUCCUUCAACUAAAAAUGAAUGCAUUAAUUAAACCAUCAUGGUUUCAUCACCCAGCACUACCUCUAGUUUACUUACCAUCAGUUCUGUGUGAAAUAGACACUGUCGUAUGCAGGUGAGUAGACCUUUUGUGGUAGUUUGUGUGUUUACAAAGAAUAAUUAGUGAGUGAACACUCACUAUCUGAAACUGUGCCAAAAUACAGUAUAUUGCACUUGAUAUAGCUGCGUAAUCCUGUGUGUUGUAAACUCUUACUGUGACUUUAAAUGUGGAGUAGAAAAGGGUCGGGCUCACUUUUGCUUUGACUUCGCUCAGUUCAGGAAACAGAAAAGAGAGAAUAUCAUUUCUCCUUAGUAAAGUUAUCCCCUUAAAUUCAUGUAACAUUAACUCAUUCAGCGCCAAUGACCGUUUUGACGGAUUUUUCAGGUCUUUUGUUUUCCGCCAGAAAGCACUCCUUACCAACAUGCGACUGAGUUUGGGGUCGUUCUGAACGCAGAAAAGCAGACAAAUACAUCAUAACCGUGUUACAAUGACAACAACAAGUGCUCGCCAGUGAGUAGUGUGCCAAUUAGCCUACUUGUUGAGUGUUUUUUCUCCGUGAGGAGAGUAGGAAAAUGCCAAAGUCAUUAUAGCCAAGAACAAACAGUCUUGGCACAUCGGCUCCCGGCACGCUGCUACCGUCUCUGGAUCAAGAGUCAAAGCAUCAAGUAACAAUUUUCCGGCGUGUCGUUGGUGCCUUUACUGUUGAGCGAGACUAAGCCGGCAUUCAGCGACAGUCCCGGUGAGGAGGACGCAAGCAGUUUGUGUGGUCUACAUCACGCGUCAGGUUCUUGAGAGCCAAUACGACUAACAGCUGUUGCAAAGUGACCUAUCACAAUCGGAUCUGGGGAGUGGUGUCCAAGGAGGGAGGACCUUGAUGCCACCGGUAAAGUAGUUUGAAGUGAAAUGAAAUAGACGAUCAGACUUUGGCUUGAAAGUCUCUUCUUCGUAAAAAUGUGUUUUUCCAGAUCGGCAAAGAUGAAAUGACCACGCUGCCUUGAGCAGGUGAUAACUUAAACACAGGAUUUCGCUAGAGACUAACUUUUUUUCUACUUUUGAGAUAUUGCACUUAAUUCUAGUCCAAGCACAAGAUAUUCUGUUGGUCCUGAAAGAUACAGAAAUUUCUACUGCGGUCAAUGGUGGCACCGGGUGAAAAUUGCACAAAUGAACCUGGCACUGAAUGAGUUAAUAUUAUGAAAAAAAGGUUCAUCUGAAAUCAACAGAAGUCUGCAAAUGAAUCGGUUACAUAAAUCAGGAAGUGGUGAUUCAUUAAAAGGUAAAUCUCAUUGGUUUGCGUAACUCCGGUGUUCCAGUAAAGAGCUUAAUAAGCAGCGCUUCGUUAACCUGAUUAUCACAAACUGCUCUCCUGACCCUGCUCUGAGCGGACUACAAGCAAAAAACCUGACCCUCAUAGACUCCGCUCUAGUUGACUAAUGAUUGCAAAUGAUUUAAAUUUUCAGCAUGACGCAGUACUCAGAAUAACUACUUAGAUAUUCUAUGACUUGUAUGUUGUAUUAGGAAAUCGACUGCAAAAAAAACAAUCUGUAGUUAAUAAGAUAAAUGUGUUUGGAUGUGCUCUCUUAGCAUUUGCACUCCUUUUUUGAAUAAGCUAAUUAAAAAGACUUCCUGGGUGUUUCAGGGAAGAUAAAUAUUUUCGUUAAUGCAUGAGUACUGUACGAGCCAGACUGUUGGAAAUGCAGCAAAACUGGCAGGAAAACAUAUCGCUCUACUAUAUUCAAUGUGACUGUGCUCCACAUGAAUGUAACCUCCCCCUUUUCUUUUGUGAUUAAAAAGGAAUCUGCAUCCAUUCUGUGUCCGCCGUGUGACUUCAUUCCCAUAAUGCCACAAGGGUUUUUUUUUUUUUUUUCGGAGUUAUGAAAAUGCAUUCAUCCAAUCAUCAGGCGAACAGAUUGACCUCGUUUCACAGCUGUUUUAUAACAGAAAUAAAAGCAGAAAAGUCAGAGUCGAUACAUGAAAACACGAAUCCUCAACCUGGGGUGAUUCAUCCCUUCAUUUACAGAUUUAUUCCCAGAUUAGGGAUUAUAAUGUCUAUAUUUUAAGGGAGUAAUUAGCUGGAAAAUAAUGGAAAUUUUCAAAAAACAAGUAGGAAACAGGAGUUGUUGAAUUGCUUUCCACAUUGUGACUGCAUUUCCUUGCUCCCUGGGUUAGAUGCCGACGCUGCUUUUAUGCGGCGAUGACUCAGAAAGUUUAAAAAAAAUCCAAACUAAAAACAGAACAUGAAACAUUUAUGGGACUAUUUCUACUUAGCAUCAAAACCAUGCGCUCUGCCCUCUGCAGUAUCUGGGGCGCUUGUGGGAUAUCAUCGUCGCCCACUGUGACAGCGCACAGCCAUUAACUUCACCGCUGUUGAUUGUUAGUCACUGAGGGAGUGGAGAGCGGAGUGAAUGUGGGACAGCACCCUGCUCAGCAGACACAACACGAGCCUAUGUGGGCCAGUAGACUUCAGACAGCGCAGACGCACUACUCAAAAGUGGAAGUGAUCACAAGCCGAGUACGAACCCAGCGUGAAAUAAUGGCUGCUGCGAAUUAUCUCUGCUUCUAAAAAGUGUAAAUUGCUGUGAUGUAUUUGGACAUCAGAGGGCGAGGGAGCUAUUUGUAGAGGCAGUAAGGCCUUUUAUAGAUGGGAUGAGACAGAAAUAGUGAGGCUGUGGAGGUUUUCUGCUAAGGUAAACACUAUUACACAUAAUAUGUUAAUGGAGCUGGAAGGCAAACACUCCAUUUCGUUGGAAAUAGGCGAGCAAUUCUACUUGCAAAUGUAUUAUUCGGAAAAGUACUAACCCCACAUGGCUUUAUUGACUGUGCUCAAAGUGUGACGAUAACCAUCACCAUACAUUACCUCAAUGUUUUUUUUGUGUGCUGGCAGUUCUUGAAGGCUGCCAGUGAUUUAUUAACUCUGUAUGGAGUAGCUAUACUGAUGCACAACAGCGUCAAUGUCAGUGUCCUACAAAACUUUUGCAUUUAGUCUAAAAAAAAACCCUGUUUUUUCAAAAAUCUGUAUCCAGUGACCUAAAACUCUGUGUGUGUACAGACCGGCAAAAUACACACACACACACACAUAACAGCGGCUUUCAAAAACCCCCCCAUGUGUGGACAAGGUCUCAGACACAAUGACACACAAUUGACAGCCAACCUCUUUACCUCCAAACUGCUCUCUCUCUCUCUCUCUCUCUCUCUCUCUCUCUCUCUCUCUCUCUCUCUCUCUCUCUCUCUCUCUCUCUCUCUCUCUCUCUCUCUCUCUCUCUCUCUCUCUCUCUCUCUCUCUCUCUCUCUCUCUCUCUCUCUCUCUCUCUCUCUCUCUCUCUCUCUCUCUCUCUCUCUCUCUCUCUCUCUCUCUCUCUCUCUCUCUCUCUCUCUCUCUCUCUCUCUCUCUCUCAGAGUCCUUGGCUGUUGUUUCUCACCCGACCCUCGUACACAAACUCAGCUGUCAGCU